UUCGGAGCCCCGCACCUGCAUUCACCGCUACUGCUGUUAUUGACGGACAGUUCAAGAAAGUUUCCCUUGAAGACUAUGCUGGUCAAUUUGUUGUACUCUUUUUUUAUCCGAUGGACUUUACAUUAGUUUGUCCAACUGAAAUUAUCGCCUUUUCUGACCGCAUUAAAGAGUUCAAAAAUUUGAAUACAUCAGUUUUGGCAAUUUCUUGUGACAGUCAAUUUAC